CUGAGGGUUAGGGUUUAAGGGUUUCUCUCUUUCGCAAAUUCUGUGACUGGGUUGAAGCAGAGAGUAAAACAUGCCUCGUACGACCACACUCGAUUGUCCCGGUUGCCCUCCACUUCGAGCUCUAACCUUCGACGAGCUUGGUCUCAUAAAAGUUAUUGAAGCUCGAGAUAAGCAAGGAAGAGCAAAACCUAAGGUGGUUGAGAGGUGGGGCGACCCAGAUUCCUCUAAAUGUGUGCUCGCCGCCUCUAUCCAUGACCGAAAAUCUGACCCAUUACUAGCUGUUGCAAGAAGAAAUGGCACGGUUGAAGUUCUUAAUCCUCUUAAUGGGGAUCUCCGUUUCGCAGUCUCCAAUGCCAGUAAUAAUGGCGUUCAGCCUGAAGAUGACCCCGUUGCUGGAUUGCAUUUAUUUGCCAAAAAGAAGUUGGAAUUGGCUUCUAGGUCUUGCACUUUGCUCACGUGUACAACAAAAGGAAAUGCAAGCAUAAGAUCCUUUGAAGUGAAUAAACCAUCCGCAGAUGUUUCUUCUACUGGGUCUUCUAGAACAUGGAGUAUAGGUGAUGGCGGCUGUAUCUUAUGUUCUAAAGUGGAUGGAAGUGAAAACUAUUUUUUAUUGGGAGGGAAGCGUGUUGAGAUGAAUGUCUGGGAUCUUGACAGCUGUGCCAAGAUUUGGACAUCAAAACCUCCUCCUAAAAACAGCCUUGGUAUCUUUACCCCAACUUGGUUCACAUCUGCCACAUUUUUGAGUAAAGAUGAUCAUCGUAAAUUUGUUGCUGGCACCAACAGCCAUGAGGUUCGUCUUUAUGACAUUUCUGCUCAGCGAAGACCUGUCAUAUCAUUUGAUUUUCGGGAGACUGCUAUUAAAUCUGUUGCUGAAGAUCUAGAUGGCUAUACCAUCUACGUAGGGAAUGGAUCUGGUGACCUCGCUUCUUUUGACAUACGCACAGGUAAAUUGUUAGGUUGCUUUUUGGGAAAGUGUUCAGGUAGUAUAAGAUCCAUAGCAAGGCACCCUGAGUUUCCAGUGAUAGCGUCAUGUGGAUUGGAUAGCUACCUACGGCUUUGGAAUGUGAAGACGCGGCAACUACUUUCUGCUGUUCACCUGAAGCAGCAUCUGACAAACGUUCUUUUUGAUUCCAAUUUUGCUGAUGAAGAAGCAGAAGUUGCCCAUUCUGCAGCAGAUUGGCCGCUGCAUGAAGAUGAGAGAGGUGAGGGCGAAACACCUCCUGUGAAAAGGAAGAAAUCGAAGGAAAAGAAAGGAAUCAAGAAGGAUGCUGAAGCAAAAAGUGGAAACAAGGAAUCUUCUGAAGAAUAUGGAGGCAAGAAGGUGAAAUCCAAGAACAGUAGCAAAAGAUUAAAAAUGUGAAGAUCUCAGCGAUACAUCAUGAUCCUGAUGGCGGCAAAGUACGGAGUAUUUAUAUGCUCGUGUAACAGGGGAGGGGGUGGUGCCAAACAUGCCAAGGGUGAAAGGCAAUUGCUGCCCAACAAAUUUUUUAUAAAAGAAAAAAAAAACAUUAGCAAUAUUGUCAAUUGGUUUCUCUUGGCCCUGUGGAGCAAGGAAAUCGGUGAAAUAGUUGAUUAUUGUGGUUCACAUAUUAUUCGGGGGUAAGGGUGAUCCAACUGAUAAUCUUUUUGAAUGAAAGUGCAAGUUUUUCAGCAA